CCUUCCUCUGACACCAUGGUCAGCUCCUGUUGUGGCUCUGUCUGCUCUGACCAGGGCUGUGGCUCCCGCUGCUGUGGCUCCAGCUGCUGCCAGCCUUGCUGCCACCCCACCUGCUGCCAGACCACCUGCUGCAGGACCACCUGCUGCCGCCCCAGCUGCUGUGUGUCCAGCUGCUGCCACCCCUGCUGUGGGGGUUCCAGCGGCUGUGGCUCGAAUUGCUGUGGCUCCAGCUGCUGCCAGCCUUGCUGCCGCCCCACCUGCUGCCAGACCACCUGCUGCAGGACCACCUGCUGCCGCCCCAGCUGCUGUGUGUCCAGCUGCUGCCGCCCCAGCUGCUGUGGCUCCAGCUGCUGUGGCUCCAGCUGCUGCCGCCCCUCCUGCUGCAUUUCUAGCUGCUGCCGCCCCAGCUGCUGUGGCUCCAGCUGCUGUGGCUCCAGCUGCUGCCGCCCCUCCUGCUGCAUUUCUAGCUGCUGCCGCCCCUCUUGCUGUGGUUCCAACUGCUGUGGCUCCAGCUGCUGUGGCUCCAGCUGCUGCCGCCCCUCCUGCUGCCCCUCCUGCUGCCUGCGCCCAGUCUGUGGCAGGGUCUCCUGCCACACCACUUGCUAUCGCCCCACCUGUGUCAUCUCCACCUGCCCCCGCCCCAUGUGCUGUGCCUCCUCUUGCUGCUGAGCCCCCUGCCCUAUGACCACUAUCUCCAUUCACUUCUGCCCCCUCAGAUAUAGACUCUUUGGUGCUGUUGGACACAUGGAAUCUGACUGACAUCAUUCAACAGGUUGAGCCUCACCAUUCUAAUGAACCUACCAACGUGCCACUGGCUCUGCAAGCACAUUCUGGUUCAUGUUAAGCUCCUUCCAUGACUAUCUUUUCCUUUCAAUAUUGGCAUCAAAUAUGGAUAUUAAUAUGUGAUCCAUCAGCUAAAAAAAAUCCCACUCCUCUAAAUUUCUCAUUCUUCCUUAUCAUUUUAGGGCUCUAGAUUACCCUUCCUAACAAAGUGAAUAUUAUCUGCAA